ACCUCACCACUGCCCGUCGUCGCGUUUACACCAGAAGGCAGCAUUCAGUUGCGCGGACGCCAUUUCUUCAUAAAUACAGACUCCGCCAGGCUGUUUACCAUGCGAAUUCUAUCGGCGGGUAUUAAAUGUUCUUGUUUUUUGUGCCGACUUGUUGGUUGAGUAGUUCACCGGAGUUUUGCGGAGAUCUCCAAGUUUUUUGUUGUUGUUGUUGACAUUCUACAGUUUAGCUGAAACCAAUGUCUCGAAUUUCAGACUCCUAGGUUUUAUUUUUUUUGAAUUUCGGCGAUCAUCACGGAGACCUGUGAUUUUUUCUAGAUCUCAAAUUGGGCUUCAUUCCAUUCAGAUUUCUUGAUUUGAGGAGAAACAGGGUGGGAAAGGGAUAGAAUUUAGCCCUACACCCCUACACGAGUUCCAGAGGUUUCCGCGAGGUCGCCGUCCACUGUUCCAGAGCUUCCGGCGAGGUCGCCGUCCAGGCCUACCCCCCUGCACGAGUACACGACCAGCGGACCAGAGAUGGUUGAAAGUGCUGAAGGAGAAAGCGGUCAUUUGCACCUCAAUGGGUCCGUUCGAGCUGGAAAUGGUUCCAUUGAGGAGAAAGUGGACGAGCUUCGGCGUUUAUUUGGGAAAGCAGAUGGAGAUCCAUUGAGGAUUGUGGGUGUUGGGGCGGGGGCGUGGGGCAGUGUUUUCAUAGCAAUGUUGCAAGAUGCAUACGGCGGGGUUAGGGAUAAGGUUCAGAUUAGGAUAUGGCGGAGGGCAGGUAGAGGGGUUGAUAGAGCCACUGCCGAGCACCUAUUUGAGGUGAUCAAUUCAAGGGAAGAUGUGUUAAGGAGGCUGAUAAGGCGGUGUGCGUACUUGAAGUAUGUAGAGGCUAGGUUAGGCGAUAGGACAUUGUAUGCAGAUGAGAUUUUGAAGGAUGGGUUUUGCUUGAAUAUGAUCGACACACCCCUUUGCCCUUUGAAGGUUGUCACCAAUUUGCAGGAGGCUGUUUGGGAUGCUGAUAUUGUCAUCAAUGGGUUGCCAUCAACCGAAACUGGCCAAGUUUUUGAAGAAAUUAGUCGGUAUUGGAAGGAAAGGAUUACCGUUCCUGUCAUUAUAUCUUUGGCAAAAGGGAUUGAAGCCGAGUCGGAGCCUGAACUGCGACUAGUUACCCCCACUCAGAUGAUCAACCGAUCAACUGGAGUACCCAUUGAGAACAUCCUAUAUCUUGGGGGGCCUAAUAUUGCUUCUGAAAUUUACAACAAAGAAUAUGCUAAUGCUCGUAUAUGUGGUGCUCAGAAAUGGAGGAAAGUGCUGGCAAAAUUUUUGAGACAACCACACUUUAUUGUUUGGGACAAUUGUGACCUUGUGACCCAUGAGGUUAUGGGUGGUUUAAAGAAUGUCUAUGCCAUUGGUGCUGGUAUGGUAGCAGCUCUUACAAAGGAGAGUGCCACGAGCAAGUCAGUAUACUUUGCACACUGUACAUCUGAGAUGAUAUUUAUUACUCAUCUUUUGACGGAAGAACCAGAGAAACUUGCAGGUCCUCUCUUGGCCGAUACGUAUGUGACCCUUCUGAAAGGUCGUAAUGCAUGGUAUGGCCAAAAGUUGGCCAGUGGGGAAUUAAGUCUUGAAAUGGGUGAUAGCAUUAAGGGGAAGGGUAUGAUACAGGGAGUUUCGGCAGUAAAAGGCUUCUAUGAGUUGCUCAGCCAGUCAAGUCUGAACAUUCAUGAUUCCGGUGAAAACAGACAUGUUGCCGCAGCUGAACUUUGUCCUAUCUUAAAGACGUUAUAUAAAAUCCUUAUAGUGAGGGAGAAGCCGACAAAGGCUAUUCUUGAGGCAUUGAGAGAUGAGACGAUGAAUGAUCCCCGUGAGCGUAUUGAGAUUGCACAAAGCCAUGCCUUCUACAGACCUUCAUUACUUGGGAAGUAACUUUGCUUAAAGGCUGCUGCACUGCCCCUCUAACCUGUGGGGGG